CUCUCUACUCUCUCAAUCUAUCUCUCCUCUCUGUCUUUCUCUGAACGCAUCACACGGUCCGACCCAGUGCGCUCUGUCAAGCCAAGCACAACAAGACUGAGGACACAAACCCACCCCUGGUCACUGGCAUCCUGAUGGAAUUAUCCAGAUAGAGGCUGAGAAGAGGACUGACCCACCUGGAAGUAGUAGAUGAGUUUGGCCAGGCUGGCACCUGUGUUGUUGGGGGACAUACCAUCCAGACUAUUGAAAAAGUAUUCCAUGGUAAAGUGACCAGGAAGGAAUAGCAGAGUGAUGGUAGAUGGCCAGGAUGCCUUUGGAUAGGAGCGAGUCUCCUCUGACCCUGUCUUAGUGACUGGCACCUGGGACAUCCAGCCGGGGGCGAGGAACGAGUCGGAGGGGUUCGGUUUACAGCCUGCUCAGAACGGACCAGCUGUCGGGCCCGAGGAGAACACUGCGCUGAACCGACGAGCUGAGAGCCUACCUGCCACGGGAGAAACCCCACUACGAGGCAGGCCUAGGGUUAGGCUUCAACCUAGGGUUAGGGUUAGGGUUAGGGUUAGACCCCACUUAGGGCUGAGGAGGCGUUGGGUGGGAGAGGAGGACCAGGAGGUGUAAAGAUGAGGUGCUGGUGUAUUCUACUGCUGUGCAUCUGUACUGUCUAUGGAGAGCUGCCAUUCAUACCUGAGAACAACGCCGUCAUGCUGGUCAACUGGAAUGCCGGGGACGGGAAUAAGGAGCUGUACAACAUCUAUGACACCAGCGCCAAUGAACCGGGGAAUAUGUCUUUCGUAAAGGAGACUGUGGACAAACUGUUACAAGGCUAUGAUAUACGCCUUCGACCAGACUUUGGAGGUGCUCCGGUCGCUGUUGGCAUGAGCAUCGACGUGGCAAGCAUUGACAUGGUGUCAGAAGUUAACAUGGACUACACGUUAACUAUGUACUUCCAGCAGUCCUGGAGAGACAAGAGGCUGGCAUACGCCGGUAUCCCCCUCAACCUGACGCUGGAUAACCGGGUAGCGGACCAGCUCUGGGUCCCUGACACAUACUUCCUCAAUGAUAAAAAGUCCUUCGUUCACGGCGUCACCGUGAAGAACCGAAUGAUCCGACUGCAUCCAGACGGCACCGUGCUGUACGGACUGAGGAUCACCACGACGGCUGCCUGCAUGAUGGACCUCAGGAGAUAUCCCCUGGAUGAACAGAACUGCACUCUGGAGAUAGAAAGCUAUGGCUACACAACAGAUGACAUCGAGUUCUACUGGAACGGAGGGGAGAAUGCUGUGACAGGCGUCACUCGCAUUAAACUGCCACAGUUCUCCAUUGUGGACUACAAACUGGUCUCAAAGAACGUGGUCUUUUCAACAGGUGCCUACCCACGCCUGUCUCUGAGCUUCAAGCUGAAGAGGAACAUCGGCUAUUUCAUCCUGCAGACCUACAUGCCCUCCAUCCUGAUCACCAUCCUCUCCUGGGUGUCCUUCUGGAUAAACUACGACGCCUCCGCUGCAAGAGUGGCUUUAGGUAUCACCACUGUGCUCACCAUGACCACCAUCAACACCCAUCUGAGAGAGACGCUUCCCAAGAUCCCCUAUGUCAAGGCCAUCGACAUGUACCUGAUGGGCUGCUUCGUCUUCGUCUUCCUCGCCCUGCUGGAGUACGCCUUCGUCAACUACAUCUUCUUUGGACGGGGCCCUCAGAUGCAGAAGAAGCAGGCGGAGAGAGCAGAGAAGGUCAACCAUGACAGGGCAGCCAAGUUUGAUGGCAACAGGGUAAGGUUUACCCCCCCAGAAAUGGUUGACUCGCAGGGAAACAUUCUGCUUACAACCUUGGAGAUCCACAACGAAGUCGGAGUGGGCAACGAGAUCACUACCAGCAUCACUGAGACAACCACCCGGAACUCCUCAAUGAAAUUCGACCAAUCAGGCCUCCAGUACCGGAAACAGAGCACGCUGAGUGGCCGGGAGUCAGCCCGUACCAGCAUGGACAGGAACACUCAAAUGAAGAAGACCAGACUACGGAGGAGGUCUUCGCAACUUAAAAUAAAAAUCCCAGACCUGACGGACGUGAACGCCAUUGAUCGAUGGUCACGGAUUUUCUUCCCCUUUGCCUUUUCCCUCUUUAACCUGAUCUACUGGUUGUACUACGUGAACUAAUCCAGCUGUUUCAAACCUCUCCUGGGGGGGCCACUGGCUAUACGGUUUAGCUAAAGGCAGAAGGGAUUUUUAAGCCCCCACAUUUGUCUUGUUCUUGGUGAGAUAAAAAAUGUCUGAACUCUAGGGAGUUCCAAAUACGCAAUCCUUAUUGACAUCGUUCUUUCACUGGGAGGGAGCGUAGAGACUUUUACACUGGAACAAUUAUGUACUCAGCUGCGUGCUCACGUUCACUGGACUGUUUGCUCAUACAAACAGGGACUCAAGUCAAGAAUUUUAUUUUCUGAAGACCCUUUGUUAAAUUACUAUCCCUCGGAUCUCUCUGGGUUUUCCAGUAUCGCACGGUGACACAUUUAGGAGGCAUGGGGGACAUACAUUAAAUAGUCUGCAUCCUCAAUUGGCUACCUACUGCAAUUCUUGUUUGUCCACUAUUUUUAAAUAGUGCACUUUUUAGUGAAUAUGCUGUCAUUUGGGAUGCACCCAUUGGUAUGGGGCUCUUAAUAUACUUUUGUUUUUAUAAUGCUUUCUGCCAAUUAAUGUGACUCCAUCCAUUAUUUCAUGUAGGUCUCGCUAGUUUACAUAGUAGCCCAUUAUGAAUUGAAUUAAACAUGCAAUACGCAGACUUUGGGUUACAACAUCUGAUAUUAUCAUUACUAUUCGUAUAAUUAUCAGUACAAUCUUGUUCUUUGAGCUGUGAGAGAAUUAUCCUCUCCCUCUCUGGCUCCUCUCUAUAUUUAUAUAUGUGUUUUUUCACAAUGAUCUCACUCCAUUAUAUAGAUUAUAGUAAUGUAUUGACCUGUUUUGGGGUAUUGAUUCCAUUUGCCUUGGGGUUGGAAUGAUUAUGCUGCACUCUAUUCAGUUAUUUUCUUAAGUGCUUAACUAGCCUAUCGGUAACCUUAAUCUUUUCUUCACUGUGCAUUUGAGGCAAUGUAAGGACGUCAAAUCUGACCCGACCGAAUCACACCUGAUUUAAUUUGUACACAGUUAUAGCACACUGCUCUCACGUUGUAACAAGCAAACCAUUGUCCCUCAUCAUUUUGGUCCUAUUUCAAGAGUUAGGCCUUUCACCUCGCCUCUUUCUCUCUGAAACCACUUCAUCCAUGUUUGUUCAGGAUCUCAAACCAUAGGUUUCUGGGACCAAUCAGAAUGUUUUGAAUGCAUUUUUGUGUAUGGCAAUUGGCUGGAGUGAUGUGGCUGGGCAAAACCGAUUUCAUUUUGAUCAUCCAUAUAAAUUUGAAAAUUAAACAUACCCUCAUUCAUCUGACAUAUCCUAUCUUCAUCACUGACCUUUCCAGAGUGAAAUGAUCAUUUCUGAUUUCUGAAAUACUUACAAAUUAAGCAAACCGUGGUUUUGCACUGCUGUUAUGCGUUGCUCAAUGAAGGCUUUUCUGGGACCUUACAUAUGCAAACAGUAGCCUUUGCUUUGCCCUUCAGCAACAUCCCACCAAAUGUAUACGAUUUUCUUCAUGAACAAAAGUAGCUUGAGGAUUUUGAAUUCCAUUCUUUCUACAGUGUGAAUACGGUAGCUAUAGAAAACUCAGGUUCUCAAUGGAGAUGUUUCUUAUCACCAUGCAUAUGGUUGAUGGAAAUGUUUCUGUUAUCCCUAUGAGCAAAGUAUUCCUAUCUAUUUCCUGAUCAUUUAUUUUUCAUGUAGCCCUGCUGCUCAGAUGGGAGGCUUGUGUCUGAACGCCUUGCUUCAGUGGACACUUCCUGUUUCUGCAUUUCUACUGCAGCUCGGACGUUCACCAGAGAAGUCUUCAAAUGUUUGUUGUUAUUUACUUGUGCGUGAGUUGCUUUUUGUGAAUGAGGAGACUGCAAGGUCAAACUGAACUUUUAACCCCUUUCCCCAUAACUUCUGAAGGUCAUUCAACUCUCCCAUUUUGUAAAUACCCAUUAUGGUUACCACUAUAUGCUGUCAACAAUGUUAACUGCUGAAAAUUUGUGCUCCUCACAUUCGUUUUGUUCAGAGACGCCCGUUUUUAUUCUGAUUGAUCAUUGUGUUGUAAAUAUAUUACAGAUUAUCAGAUUUUGUGAUCCGAUUUUUUAAUUCUUGCGUGAUUUUUUUAUCGAAUAUGAAAAGGUCCAUAGUUGUACAAACUCUGCUGUCUAGUUUUGUGGGCAGUGUGAAUUAUAAAACGUUGAAUAGGAGCCAUAAUUUCACCCUGAGGCUGUGAUUCAGCUGUUAAUCUGAUCAACACAGAACAACUUGAGACAGGCGCUAUGCAUCCAAAAUGCUACCCUAUUCCCUAUUUGGGGGAAAUUUACUUUUAAGGCCUACAGAAAUCUGGACAAAAGAAGUGCUCUACACGGAAUGCGCUGCCAUUUGGGACACAUGCAGACAUUACACAACACCAGCCUACAGCUGACAUGCCCUCUCUGAAGUCUCUAAUACAUUCUCUCCUUGUGACUCUGUGACUCCAUAUGUAGGAUAGUCAAAUGGAGCCUCACAGUCAGUUUGUGGUGAAGGUGGGACAUUAAAAGACGUCUUGUGAAAUAGUUCAAAUGAAAAUGGUUUAAAUGAAAAUGCUUUGAAAGGGAUAACAUAAUAUAUUAAACAUGUUACCAAAAAGGACAGGAGAGACUUUGUGGUGAAGAGAGAGAUGUGUUUUGGUGAAUCCAACAUGGGUUGUUUGCU